ACCUUAAAACCACAAAUUCCUCCACCCCCUGUUUCAACUUUCACUUUGCAUCUUCUUUUGAAACCUUCUUAGACGAUCUCCGUUUCUAGGGGUGUUUGUAAUAGAUGGCUUUGGUUACAACUGCUGAAGUGUGUGAUGCAAAUCCACAGCUAAUUGUGAGUGGUGAACUUCGGGCCCUCCAACCAAUAUUUCAAAUAUAUGGUCGUCGCCCGGUCUUUUCUGGACCUAUAGUUACGCUGAAAGUGUUUGAAGACAACGUUUUGAUCCGUGAGUUCCUUGAGGAGAAGGGUAACGGCAGAGUUCUGGUCGUAGAUGGGGGCGGUAGUUUAAGGUGUGCCAUACUUGGAGGCAACCCUGUGGUUCAAGCUCAAAAUAAUGGAUGGGCCGGAAUAGUGGUUAACGGCUGCGUAAGGGAUGUCGAUGAGAUUAAUGGUUGUGACAUUGGGGUGAGAGCUCUUCAUUCUCAUCCAAUGAAGGCCAAUAAGAAAGGAAUUGGGGAGAAACAUGUCCCGAUAACUAUUGCCGGGACUAGAAUCUGCGAUGGGGAGUGGCUUUAUGCAGACACCGAUGGUAUCCUCAUCUCCAAGACAGAGUUAUCUGUUUGACUACUGCCAUUUUCUACCUAAAGAUUAAAUCUGCAGGAUGCCAUUCCAUUCUGGUACCAUUCCACCCUGGUAAGCUAUGUGUUUCUACCAUUCUGUUUCUGAGUUGAGAUUUUGAACCUCGGAUAAAGAUGUGUGAUGUACUAUUAACUCGAGACGAUGAAUGUAUGCUAGUUUGUUAUAAUAUUUUUGAUAAAUGAGAAUGGUUAAUAAUUUUGAU